CGCUUGUUUGUUUUCAUUUUUAUUACAAUCGAAGAGCACAUGUUUUUGGUGCACCGUGGAUAACAAAUUCGUUUAUUUGAACUCGUUCUAAAGUCUCCCCUUUGAAAAUUAUUUUGAGUUUCCCGUGUGUAUUCUGACUCGUGACACAUCAUGGGUAAAAAAACAAAAGUAGGAAAGGAUCGGCGGGAUAAGUUUUACAAGUUAGCCAAAGAAACCGGCUAUCGUUCUCGUGCCGCCUUCAAGUUGAUCCAGUUGAACCGUCGUUUCGGUUUUCUCCAGAAAUCCCAGGUUUGUAUCGAUCUCUGUGCCGCUCCGGGAGGAUGGAUGCAGGUGGCGAAGCAAAACAUGCCCGUCUCGAGCAUUGUGAUCGGAGUGGAUUUGUACCCGAUCAAAAGCGUACCCGGCUGUCUUAGCUUGGUGGGGGAUAUCACCAGCGACAAGACGAAAUCAGAUUUGGCGAAGGAGCUGAAAACAUGGAAGGCCGAUGUCGUGCUUAACGAUGGCGCCCCGAAUGUGGGUCGCAAUUGGUUGUUCGACGCCUAUCAGCAGGUGUGUCUGACGCUGAGUGCCGUCAAACUGGCGACACAGUUCCUGAAGCCGGGCGGAUGGUUUGUCACGAAGGUAUUCCGAUCGAAGGAUUACAAUGCACUCAUUUGGGUGUUGAAACAGCUGUUUAAGAAAGUUCACGCUACAAAACCGUCCGCUUCGAGAAAUGAGUCGGCGGAAAUUUUCGUCGUUUGUCAGUACUACAGAGCGCCGGACAAGAUCGAUCCGCGAUUCCUCGAUGCAAAGUAUGUGUUCGAGGAGCUGGAUGUUGAGCCACAGGUCAAGGUGAACCUACUGAAGGAAGUUGAUAAGGCUAAGAAAGCUAAAGUGGAAGGAUACGAUGGUAUCGACGUUCGGAAAAUUAUCGGUGCUACAGAGUUUUUACAGGAUGACAAACCGUUGCUUCUGCUAGGGAGAAUCACCGAGAUUCAAUUUGAUGACGAUAAAAUCAAACAUCAUCCUCGUACAACGCCUGAAAUCCGGGAAUGCUGCAAAGAUAUAAAGGUGUUGGGUAGAAAAGACCUGAAAGAUUUGCUCAAAUGGCACAAACUUUUAAGUGGUGAAUUGUUCCCUCAAGCGCCGGAAGAAAAAGAUGUUGAGGGGAGUAACGAUAGAAAAGGACAAAAGUCAAGUGGGCAGGUCGAACAGGAAGAGAUGGACGAGGCUGACGAAGAAACGGUCGAAUUGAAAAAUUUGGAGAAGCAGAUUGCCGAGCUACAGAAAGAAGAGGGACAGGACGCUAGGAGGAAACGCAAGAAGGCUAACAAGGAAAGGACAAAGUUGAAUGAGAAAUUGAGUUUGAAAAUGGUUAUAAAAGGCGACGAGGGUCCAACUGAAGAUAUGGAUGCAAUGUUGUUCAGUUUAAAUGUAGUCAAAAACAAGAAAGAGAUUAACACAUUAUUGGACGCUCCACCAGAUGUAUUGGCAGAACCCGGCUUCGGUGAUGAUGGCGAUGAAAGGCCCAAGAAGAAACAAAAAUAUGUUAAGUAUGACAGAGAAACCAAGGGAGAUCUGUAUGAGGAUGAAAAAAUUUUAGCGCAAAAAUCUGAUGAUGAAGAUAGCGACGCUGAUCUCGAUCGUACCGGGUUGGGUUUGCACGAGCCAGAAACCAUGCGUGUUGAUGAUGGAGUGGCAGAUUUAGAGGAAGCGGAUAGCGAUGAUCCAGAGGGAACUAAUCCACUGAUCACUGACCUGGACUAUCGGGAUAAAGACGAAAAACGGCGUCAAAAGGCGCAGCUUUGGUUCGAAAAAGAUGCCUUCAAAAAUGUACUUGGCGAAGAGGACCAAGCGCUGGAUUAUGACUUGGAUCGUCUUACAGAAAUGUACAAAAAAGCAGGGACGAAAAUCAUUGGCGAAGACAAAAACGAAGAUAGGCCACUGGGAAGAAAAGCUAGCCGGCGUGCGAAGCACGACAUUUCGAAGGGAGAUUCCUCAUCAGACGACUCUGACUCCGAGGCUGAAGUGGACGAUCAAACUUUUGCACACAAAACGGUAGAAAAGAUAGGAGGAAAGGAUGGCUUUGAAGUGGUAUCUUCGGAAAAACGUCCCAAGCAGGUGAAACUGAAUGAGGAAGAACUUGCACUCGGCCAGCUUCUGAUUAGUGGCAAGAAAACGAGGCGUGAUUUAGUCGAUGCGGCCUACAAUCGGUACAUGUUCAACGAUUCCAACCUUCCCGAAUGGUUCGUCAAAGACGAGGAGAAAACUAUGAAACGAGAAGCACCGGUUCCCCACGAAACGGUUAGCGCCUACAAGAAAAAUCUAGAGGAGGUCAACGUCCGGUCCAUUAAGAAAGUAAUGGAGGCGAAGGCUCGCAAGAAGAAGCACGCCACUAAACGUCUGGAGAAAAUCAAAAAGAAGGCAGAAACAAUUAUGGAAAAUGUCGACAACACGAACCAGGAGAAGAUUCGACUGCUCAAAAAGAUUUACAAAAAAGCGGACCCCAAGAAAAAGGACAUAGCGUAUGUUGUUGCCAAGAAGUCGGGAGUCAGUGGUAAGAAGGUUCGUCGUCCGAAGGGCGUUGAGGGCCGCUUCAAGGUGGUUGAUCCGCGUAUGAAGAAGGACAGGCGAGCGGAAGUUGCGAAGACCAAACGAACCGUUAAAAGGGGUGGCAAACCUAAACCCAAAGGCGGAAAGCCGAAGCGGAAGUGAAAUAGCCAGAUAAACUAUCCAUCGUUUUUUCCCGUUAUCCCGAGGAAUCAGGUAUUCUUGCUUGUAUUCUUAAUGGAUUACAAAUUAUUGUAUUGAAAUAAAUCUAAUUAUUAAUUUCAAA